AGAAAAUGGAAUAACAGGUGAAGAUUUAGAAGCAAAAUUGAGUACCUUAAAAACAAUCAUAGAAGAAAGGGAUCAUUUCAGAGAACAGAUAAGCCAACUUCAAAACACCCAAAGGAUUGCAUCUCGAAUGAUUAGCGAACUUAAUGAUGAAAAAAGGCAAUUUUUGGCUCAGAUACAAGAACUACGACAAGAGAAUACACAACUUCGUCGCGAUCUCGAGUAUGAACAAAUGAUUAACGAAAGAACCAUCAAUAAUCUUAGUAAUCAGGUUAACACUCUCGAGAAUCGAGAAAACAUUUUUACAGCAUUAUUAAACAACCGAGGUCAAGUUAUUCCAAGAUUGCGUAGACAAGAAGCUUUCAUUUAUGAGGGGGAAGAUCUUGAACCUA